AUGGAUGAUAACAAUGGGCGGACUGAAGGGAGUGAUAGUGAUAAUAGUGAUAAUCUCUUGGAGGUAAGAGAUAUCCUAAAUGUAACUAGGAUACUGAGAAGCCGACGAAGAAGGAAUCACCCAAGGCCACAACAUAAUAUAGGCCUCCGCGGGCAUGAAUAUAUUAUAGGAAUCUUAAAUGGACAUCCAAGAAACUGCAAGGAUAUGUUUCAGUUAGAGGUACGCACAUUCCGCGCCUUAUGCGAAGCGUUACGUAACCAUAACUUGUUACGUGAUUCUAUAAGAGAAGUGACGGUGGAGGAGGUUGUGGGUAUGUUUUGCCUACUUGUGGGCCAUGGAAGUGUCCAUCGAGUUGUUGGGGACAGGUUUCAACAUUCCAUAGAAACAAUUAAUAAAUACGUUAGGCGGGUGAUCAAAGCAUUAUGUGAGGUUGGGAGACACUUGAUUGUGCCAACACAUAGGGACAGCGUGCACCCUUAUAUUUCUACCAACUGUCGCAAUUAUCCGUGGUUUAAGGGUUGCAUUGGUGCGAUGGAUGGUACAAUGAUGAAGGCUGUCGUCCCAGCUGAGUUGCGUGAGGCAUAUCGCAAUAGAUUGGGGCGAGUCUCCCAGAAUGUGUUGGCCAUAGUUGAUUUCGAUAUGAAGUUUAUAUUUAUAUACACUGGAUGGGAGGGUUCAGCCCAUGAUGCCCGUGUCUUACACCAUGCAGCAAGUGAUUCACAAGCCCGUUUUCCAUGGCCACCUGAGGAACGAACUUUUGGUGUCAUAAAAGAACGUUUUAAAAUUUUCGAGGUAAUGCCUGGAUAUUCUGUUGGGUGGCAGGGACUAAUUAUAACAUCGUGUUGUGCGUUGCGCAACUUUAUUAGAACGGUGACCCCCGAUGACUGGAUAUUUGAAAAUUCUAGUAGGUUUCAGCUACCACCUAUUGAGCUUGAGGAUGGUGACUGGACAUCCUCAUCUCAUAAUAUAGACAUGACGACUGAAGCAAGCCACGCUAUGGCAGCAAUUAGAGAUGAGAUUGUCAUUUCUAUGUGGGAAGCUAGGGAUGGAAAUUGA